CCUCAGUCUCGAAUCCGACCCGUUGAAGGUAGUAAUCCGUGACCUCGUUCGGGAUCUGCCAAAUCGAUGUAUUCAGUUAUCAGAACUUCAGCUUACCCAUCACUCGGAGAGGGAUCACGACCACAGAUCAAAACUUACCAGGGGCUCAUACUCAUCCAACAUAAGCAUAAACUCCGCCAAGGUGCGAUCUUUCCGGGCAGCCUCAUCCUCACGACGUGUCGUCGGCGGUAAGACUUCAGCCGGUGCAGCACCACUUGGCUGAAUGGGUUCUUCUUGUUGUGAAGACAUGUCGGAGUUACGCAAUGGCUAAGGGUCGGGGAUGGAAAAAAACGCUCGUUUGCGUCGAACCGUUGGUGCGGCCGUCACGUUCCUGACCACAUUGUGGCUGUGCUAUCCAACAUUGAUAACUUUUGGAUGUGGGAUCCAGUAUUGCUCAUCGCCCAGAUAAUAUCACUGCAAUCACUACAUUACCUAACCCUCUGUGUCAUUCUCCCGCCAUUACUCUACCUCUUCACCACUUCGUUAUCCCUUCGGUACUACAAUGGCGGCGCAACGACCGUCGGAAUGAUCAUGGAUUGGAGAGAAAUGGCCAGUCGGCCCACCGUCGGUAGGGGCGUAAGUGGUGGAGGUUGGGAUCCUUUCGAGAGUGCAUGGAAGGGAGUUGUUCGCGUCUCUCAAUCUGAAGCUGCCGCCGGUGAAUCUGGACUGGGAGGCUGGAAAAACAGUUUUUUAAAAUCCGUCUCAUCUGCUUCGACAUCUUUAUCGUCAGACCCAUUGUUACUCCUGCGUCCUUCGACAGAUGAUGGGACGCUUGCUCCUUCAUCCAACUCCAUCUUGAUUCCUGGCUCUAGUGAUCCGACACGAGGUUGGAUCAUCGCAUUUGCAUGGCUACUCGCCUGCGCUGCCGAUACAUGGUACCUCUACCACAUCGUUCGCCGACCAAGAUACAUCCUCGACUUUGCCCUCACCCUCGUCCUCAACCAUUUCAUCCUUACAUCCUACUACUCCUCAUCCUUCCCCACCUCUCUCUUCUUCUGGUUCAUCAUGGGUAUCGGAGCUCUUUUCGUAAUCAUUUUCGCGGAAUACCUUUGUGUCCAGAGAGAAAUGCGUGAAGGGCUCAAAAGUGUACGGGAUGACGAUUUGGAUGAUCACGAAUUACGGAGAUUGGAUGACGUGGACGUGGACGUGGACGCUAUCAGCGUAGACGAUGAAGGACCAGAUGUCGAUGGGAUGAUAAUCAGUACCAUAGGCCCUUAGGAUUCACAAACGGACAAUACUUUUUUGGGGUCAUUUGUACAUUAUCCAUAAACCUAGGAUACUCGUUAUUUGUAGAUAAUGAAGAUUAGACAGACUUGC